ACAAUCUAUCAUCAUACCUAUUCUAAUGUGUGGUACCUGGGAUCUGGGCUAUAUAAGGAGAGGCACAGAGGGCUUAGGGCAGUCAGACUUUCUCCUCUGCAGUAGAAGGUUACAUUCAUGGAAAGAGCAGUGUUUACCGUGUUACUGACAGUGGCUGCUUUGGCAAUUUGUAAAGCAACCAAAGCCCCUACUACAAGUCAAGAUGUCACUCUGUCUUCAGAUGACCUGCAGGCAAGAGCUAAGGCCUAUCUAUCCCAGUUUUACUCGGUUGCUGGCUCCACCAACUCCCCCAUGUCCAGGCGGGUGAUGAUGGACACCCCAGUGGACUCAUUUGAGAGAGACCUGAGGAGCAUGCAGGACUUCUUUGGGCUGGAGGUGACAGGCAGGCUGGACUCUAACACCCUGGAGGUGAUGGCCAAGCCCCGCUGUGGGGUCACAGACGUGGCCCGCUACGGACACUUCCAGGGCAAGCCUCGCUGGAAGCAGAGCGUUGUCACUUACAGAAUAACUGAGUACACGGAUGACCUGAGUCGGCGUGAGGUGGACUCCACCAUCGCCCAGGCCUUCAAGCUCUACAGCGACGUCAUCCCACUGGACUUCAAGCAGAUCUACAGUGGCACCGCUGACAUCAUGAUCCUGUUUGGAGCCAAAUACCACGGUGACUUCUACCCCUUCGAUGGGCCGAAAGGUGUCUUGGCCCAUGCAAACUCUCCAGGAGAAGGCCAAGGUGGUGACACACACUUUGAUGAAGAUGAGUCUUGGACUCUGAGCCAGAGAGGGAUAAACCUGCUUCUGGUGGCGGCCCAUGAGUUUGGCCAUGCUCUUGGAUUGGACCACUCACGAGACCGCUCAGCUCUGAUGUACCCCACAUAUCACUACGUGAACACAAAGGGAUACAGGCUACCUGCAGACGACAGGUGGGGAGUACAGGCCUUGUAUGGUGUCCGGACAACACCAGGUCGGCCGGAACCAACAAGACCCAAGCCUAAACCUGAGCCCAAGCCCAAACCAGAACCUAAGCCUGAUCCUAAACCCAAGCCUAAACCUGAGCCUAGACCAGAACCCAGACCAAACCCUCCAGAAAGAUGCAACAGGAACCUUGUGUUUGAUGCUGCCAGUACCAUUCGGAGUGAGCUAUACUUCUUCAAAGAUGGGUAUUACUGGAAGAAGAGUGGCUAUUGGAAUGGAGUAAUGAUGAAGACAGUGAAGGGAACCUGGCCUAGCAUUAACCAUGUUGAUGCUGCAUAUGAAUACAAGGAUCGAGACAUCGCCUUACUAUUUGAAGGAAGACAGUACUGGGGCACCAGAGGCCUUACCGUCCUAUUAGGUUAUCCCAAAUCCAUCUACAACUUUGGCUUCCCCUCAUACGUAACCAAGAUAGACUCUGCAGUUCAUGUGGCAUCCACAGGGAAAACCCUAUUCUUUGUGAGAAACAAAUACUGGAGCUUCAAUGAAAGGAUGGGCACAAUGGACCGUGGCUACCCCAGACGCAUCUCCCAGGAUUUCCAUGGUAUCGGCAGGAAGGUUGAUGCUGCUUUUGAAAACCAUGGUUACCUGUACUUUUCGGAUGGCCCCAGGCAAACCGAAUACCACUAUCAAUCAAAGAGGGUGAACCGUGUCUUGUUGAACUAUGGAUGGCUGGACUGCUACUAAAAAGAGAAGGAUUCAUCAUUUUCAGCUGUACAAAGUAUUUAUGUUGCCAUCUCAGGAGCUGUGACUAUACCCAAUUGGCAAUAUAGUCUUUUUCUAGAUAUAUGCAUUUUCAAAGAUGACUUUACUGAUACCUGUUUUGGAACAAGUGUUCAAUUUGAUCAAAUGUAUUGACAUUUGUUGAAAGUAUUAUUCUACAACUUGGGAGUGCAUGGAGUUUGAGGAAUCUGUGACAGCCCUGAUGUUGCACACACAAACAGUAUAUUUCAUAUAUCCAUAGUGCUUUUGCUAUGAAAUAUUAUUAUAGGAAAUUAUGGAAAAUUACUAUCCUUCUUUGCGGAGAAUUUGAAUGGGUGAGGGAAGCCUAGAUAUAGAACACCCCACUUUUCACAUGAAUUAAAACUACAGUUGAAGUCGGAAGUUUACAUACACCUUAGCCAAAUACAUUUCAACUCAGUUUUUCACAAUUCCU